GUAAUGGCGUUUGUAUGAUCUUCGCAGAUUGCUGCAUCGGACCUCGGCCAGUGUGAGCGGCAGGAGGAUAGGUUAUCUUCCUCAUCCCGGUGGGACGGGAAAGGGCAGUUGGGGUCGGAGUCGGCGGCAGAGUGCAGAGUGCGGGCGGUAGAGGACCUGGAGCAGCGGGCUAGGGGCGAAACGGAGUGCCUGUCAGGCGCGUCCGGAGCUCUCGGGCCCGCAGAGGAGAUCGCAGCAUAAAGGCAGCUCGCCUACCGCGUAAAGCGAACCCCAGCAUAAAAGAUGACAACAGCAGCCAGGCCAACCUUUGAACCUGCAAGAGGUGGAAGGGGAAAAGGAGAAGGUGAUUUGAGCCAACUUUCAAAGCAGUAUUCAAGCAGAGACCUACCCUCUCACACAAAGAUAAAAUAUAGACAGACUACUCAGGAUGCCCCUGAAGAGGUUCGUAACCGUGACUUCAGGAGAGAGUUGGAAGAAAGAGAGAGAGCUGCUGCAAGAGAGAAAAACAGAGAUCGUCCAACCCGAGAACAUACAACCUCCUCUUCAGUGUCAAAAAAGCCACGGUUAGACCAGAUUCCUGCUGCCAACCUUGAUGCAGAUGACCCUCUAACAGAUGAAGAAGAUGAAGAUUUUGAAGAAGAAAGUGAUGAUGAUGAUACUGCAGCUCUUCUUGCAGAACUGGAAAAAAUUAAAAAGGAAAGAGCUGAGGAGCAGGCCAGGAAGGAACAAGAACAAAAAGCUGAAGAAGAGAGGAUUCGUAUGGAAAACAUUCUGAGCGGAAACCCUCUCCUUAAUCUCACUGGCCCAUCGCAGCCUCAGGCCAACUUCAAAGUUAAAAGAAGGUGGGAUGAUGAUGUUGUCUUCAAGAACUGUGCAAAAGGUGUAGAUGACCAGAAGAAAGACAAAAGAUUUGUAAAUGACACACUGCGAUCUGAAUUUCACAAAAAGUUCAUGGAGAAAUAUAUUAAGUAGUACAGUUUUAUGUGCUUAAUUAAAGACUGUAAAACGUAAAGGAUCAUUCUGACUUAUUUUUAUGAGUUUUUUCUUUUCCCUGUCUAAAUCGUGUGUGGGCUUCCCCAAUUUUAAACUCUUAUCUUUUUCUUUAGUGACACCUUACUUGAUAAUGGACUUGGGAAUAGGUUUAACCCAAUUUGCAUUUUCCGGAUGUUUCCAGUGAUACGUUUUCUUGGGAAAAGCAAACCUGCCUGUAAUAAAUUUUUUAAUCUAAA